AAGAAGUUAACGGAAACUUAAUGUUUUUGCAAAUCAAAAGCAAAUCGCAGAGACAUAAGCAAACACAUAACUUCAACACAAUUAAGUAACAAGUGUUCUUUCUAUACAUAUAGAGGCAAAGCUUAUACUUUAUAGUGGGCGGCAAGUGCCAUAUUUUUUCUCUCUUUCUUUUCUCACUUUAACCUUUUUGCUUUUUCUUUCUUUCUUUUUGAUCGGAUCUGGGUCAAUCAAAUUGCAUUGCUUAUACUAAGCAUUGAAAGAAACACCUUCGCAGACCAUCUCUCUCUGUUCUUCUUCUUGCUGUCUAAACUAUUCUUUGAUUUCAUUUAGUAAAUACCCAUUUGAGUUUUGUUGACUUAACAAGAACUUUUUCAAGAAGAAGGUACAGGAUUAUCACUAUGGCAGCUCCAAAACCAGAAGAGAUAACUCACCCACCAAUGGACCAGCUUCAAGGUCUAGAGUACUGUAUCGACUCCAAUCCAUCUUGGGGAGAAGCUAUAGCUUUGGGUUUUCAGCAUUACAUUUUGGCAUUAGGAACUGCUGUUAUGAUCCCUUCGUUUCUUGUCCCUUUGAUGGGUGGUAAUCAUGGUGACAAAGUAAGGGUAGUACAGACUCUAUUGUUUGUCGAAGGGAUCAAUACAUUACUUCAAACACUGUUUGGAACGCGUCUACCAACCGUGAUUGGAGGGUCGUAUGCAUUUAUGGUCCCUAUCAUUUCAAUAGUUCAUGACCCUUCUUUGACGAGCAUUCCUGACGAUCACGUGAGAUUUCUUAAUACCAUGAGGGCAGUCCAAGGUGCUCUGAUAGUAUCAUCAAGCAUACAAAUAAUUUUGGGCUACAGUCAGUUGUGGGCCAUUUGUUCCAGGUUUUUUAGUCCGCUUGGAAUGGUUCCGGUCAUUGCAUUAGUGGGUUUUGGCCUUUUUGACAGAGGCUUCCCUGUGGUUGGACGAUGUGUAGAGAUUGGCAUUCCCAUGCUUAUCCUAUUCAUAUCUUUCUCCCAGUACUUGAAGAACUUUCAGACUAGACAAUUACCAAUACUUGAGAGGUUUGCCCUCCUUAUAUCAAUUACAGUAAUAUGGGCAUAUGCACACCUUUUGACAGCCAGUGGUGCAUACAAACAUCGUCCAGAGCUUACUCAAGUUAAUUGCAGAACUGACAAGGCCUAUCUCAUUUCAUCUGCUCCAUGGAUAAAGAUCCCAUAUCCUCUGCAGUGGGGUGCUCCUACUUUUGAUGCUGGCCAUUGUUUUGGAAUGAUGGCUGCUGUUAUUGUCUCGAUGAUCGAGUCAACUGGAGCAUACAAAGCUGCCUCGCGUCUAGCUAGUGCCACACCACCUCCAGCUCAUGUGCUUAGCCGUGGAAUCGGUUGGCAGGGUAUUGGUAUCCUACUUAAUGGUCUCUUUGGCACAUUGAGUGGCUCAACAGUCUCUAUAGAAAAUGUGGGACUGCUUGGAAGUACUCGUGUUGGUAGCCGCAGGGUUAUCCAAAUUUCAGCUGGUUUUAUGAUAUUUUUCUCAAUGUUAGGAAAAUUUGGAGCUUUAUUUGCAUCAAUCCCUUUCCCCAUAUUUGCUGCAGUGUAUUGUGUUUUGUUUGGUCUUGUUGCUUCUGUAGGAUUGUCGUUCUUGCAAUUCACAAAUAUGAACUCAAUGAGGAACCUUUUUAUCGUUGGUGUUGCCUUCUUUCUUGGUUUGUCUGUGCCGGAAUAUUUCAGAGAAUACACGGCAAAGGCUUUUCAUGGUCCUGCUCAUACAAGGGCUGGAUGGUUCAAUGAUUUCCUGAAUACUAUUUUCUUCUCAUCUCCAACCGUUGCAUUGAUUGUUGCUGUUUUCUUGGACAACACACUUGACUACAAGGAUAGUGCCAGAGACAGAGGAAUGCCAUGGUGGGUUAAAUUCCGGACAUUUAAAGGAGACAGCAGGAAUGAGGAAUUCUACACUCUUCCUUUCAACCUAAAUCGUUUCUUCCCUCCAUCUUGAAUUGGAGCUUCAUUACCAGAGGAAACAUGUUAGAGGAAAAACAUCAUUUCCAGUUAAGGAUUUCAUAUGCAGAUGCAGUGAAGAAGAGUGUAAAGAAUCAAAUAUUCUGCUUGCAGAGAAAUGGCAUAUCUGCUUUCUCUUCCUCCUCUUUUUCGUGGCCCUAUGUAUAUGACUUAGCCUGUUCGGUUUCAUUAGAAUAAUCUAUUUUAUUUCGUCA